AUGUCAAUAAUUCCUAUCUUAGAUAAUGGCGACAGAGACAAAAUCAUAGUAUAUCUGAGAGGCCUUAUUGGGAAUAGUCCUAAUCGUAAAUCAUUUUCACAUGUUCAUAAUAUCAAAAAUGAAAAUGUAACCAUUGUUAGAGAGCUUGGAUGGCGAUUUAAGCUAGUUAAUAGAGAUAAUCAAAUGAGAAUUUUACGACAUCUGAUACAGAGAAUAUAUGAGCAAUGGCUUGCAAUUCGUUCUAAUAUAACAAUGAAAGGCAGCAGCGAUUACAAAAAAGGACUAAUAAUCCCUUUAGUAGGUGGUGCAAGUGGGAUUGGCAAAACAAGAUUCAUAUCAGAAGCAGUAAAUUACAUUGCAGAACGUGCUGAAAAAGAUAGUCCAAACAAUAGUUGUAUUAUAAAUGAUUCAAGGAUUAGAGAAAGAUUCUGUUCAUCAAUGAUCCAUACUGCACAAAGGCAGUUGGUUCUCAAAAUUGACUUGAUGGGUACACGAUAUGGGUAUCCAUUUGGUGAAAAAGAUUUUAGUAUAGCACUUCUAGUUGCAUAUAUGGAUGGAUUUAAGCAAAUUGUGCAAACUUCAGAGCAAACGGUUUUAAUUAUAGCAAAUUAUAUGAAUUCAUUAGAGAAUCCAAUUAGAGAAGCUUUUAUAAUUAUUGAAGAACUUGAAAAAAGUCUUCAACUAACUAUUAAUGCUGAUCUCUGCUUUCUCAUUCCAAUUGAUGAAGUACAGUCUAACUCAAAAGAGCUUCAUAAGAUCCUCAGUUUGAUCACUAAUACACAUCUUGACUCUUCUAUUCACACCUUAUUUGUCCCUAUACUUUCUGGUACAAACAUUGCUCAUCUUAGAUCAACUACCACAAUUAGCGGUUCUGCAUUUGAACUUAUUCAACUUCCACUUCUUCGAAAAGCAGAUUAUUCGGAAAUUCUUAAUGAUCUCUUCCCUAAUAAUAACUUUGUUAUCAAAAAGGAAAUACAAUAUGCACUUGAAGACAUUGAAGGACCACCAAGAUUGUUGCAGGUAUUAUUAUAUGAGUCAUCAGAAUGUGGAACAGGUCAAAAUAUAGCAGGACCAGCUACUGUGUUAGAACGACAAGUUCAACUUGAUAAAAUUUCUUUCUUUCUUGAAUCAGUGACUUAUGAUGGGAUUGUGUCAAUGUUUGAAUCAAUUUCAGGAUACAUUCAAUAUGCUAAUCUUUUUAAAUCCUUUGAUAGUCUUUAUUAUCAGAACCGAGCAGAUAUCAUUUUUGCUUCUGUUGUCACAAAUAGGCAAGUGCAAUUAAAUACAGAAAUUGCUGAAUUAACAGUAAAUCACUUAGUUGAUGAGGGGAUGGUUUUUUUGCGAACAUCUCCAAGGACUGAUGCUGAAGAAAUUAUUGACAAAAAACAUGAUUCUACUACUACCAUUUAUUAUCUUCACCUUCCAUAUAUAUAUCUAUAUUGCCUUCAUAAAUCUGCUGUUUCUAUUCGUUCUCCACUACUAAAUCUCAUUGCAGAUCCAAAACUCAAGGUCAAUCCAGAUGAUGCUGAAGAUUUAGAUGUCAACAUGUUUCUUUUUAGACUUUACACUUGGCAUUUGUUGGGUGCAGAAUGGGUGAAACUGAGUGAAGUACUAAAAGAUGUUUUUAACAAUAAAAAUAAAUUAUUAGGAGAUAUAAAGUUGCAUGUGGGAAAUGUGAAACCUGACAAGAAGUUUGAUGAUGAAUAUGCACAAAGAUUUAAGUUACAGAAAGCUUCUAAGAAAAUCACCACUUCAAACUUCCAUCAUUAUAUUGAUGAAUUGCAAUCAAAUUCAUUUAUGGCAAUCUUAAACAAAGAGAAGGCUAACUUUGCUGAUUGGUUUGUGAUAUUUUCAAAAGCUAUGGAUGUUCCAAGUUUCCUUUCCACUCAGCCAAAUAUGAAAGCAACUCGGUCUUUUACACCUCAAAGGAAUACUAAUGAAGAACAGUCACAUUACUUUGUGAUAUUAGGUCAGUCAAAACGUCUUAAAGUUACUUCAUUAAAUGAAAUAAUUGCAUUCAUUCUUUUAAUAAUAACUGAUGCACCUGAGAAAAAGGUAGCAGAACUUCCAGAAGAAUUAAUAGAACAUGUUAUA